GCCUUCGUUGAAAAUAAUCCUGCUAUUAAAUGGUGUCCUAUACCAGGCUGUGAAAGAGCAGUAAGGCUCACAAGACAGGGAUCAAAUUCAACAGGAUCAGAUACACUCAACUUCCCCAUGCUAAAAGCCCCUGCGGUAGAUUGUGGAAAAGGACAUCUUUUUUGCUGGGAGUGUCUUGGUGAAGCACAUGAACCUUGUGACUGCCAAACCUGGAAGGACUGGCUACAGAAAAUAUCUGAAAUGAAACCAGAAGAACUUGUGGGAGUGAGUGAGGCAUAUGAAGAUGCUGCCAACUGCCUGUGGUUACUGACAAACUCCAAACCAUGUGCCAACUGCAAAUCUCCAAUUCAGAAGAAUGAGGGCUGCAACCACAUGCAAUGUGCAAAGUGCAAAUAUGACUUCUGCUGGAUAUGCUUAGAAGAAUGGAAGAAGCACAGCUCUUCCACUGGGGGCUAUUACAGAUGCACUCGCUAUGAGGUUAUUCAACAUGUAGAGGAGCAGUCCAAGGAGAUGACAGUAGAGGCUGAAAAGAAGCAUAGAAGAUUCCAAGAGCUUGAUAGGUUUAUGCACUAUUACACAAGAUUUAAGAACCAUGAACUUAGCUACCAGUUAGAACAGCGGCUUCUGAAAACAGCCAAAGAAAAGAUGGAGCAGUUGAGUAGAGCUCUCAGUGGAACUGAGGGCGGCUGUCCGGAUACCACGUUCAUUGAAGAUGCAGUACAAGAGCUUCUAAAAACUCGACGCAUUCUUAAGUGUUCUUAUCCAUAUGGAUUCUUCUUGGAGCCUAAAAGCACAAAGAAAGAAAUAUUUGAACUUAUGCAGACAGACCUAGAGAUGGUCACCGAAGACCUUGCACAGAAAGUGAACAGGCCUUACCUUCGGACCCCGCGCCACAAAAUCAUCCGCGCAGCUUGUCUGGUGCAGCAGAAGCGGCAGGAGUUCCUGGCCUCCGUGGCCCGCGGUGUUGCUCCUGCAGACUCACCAGAAGCACCCAGGCGCAGCUUUGCUGGUGGAACAUGGGAUUGGGAAUAUUUAGGAUUUGCAUCCCCUGAGGAAUAUGCUGAAUUUCAGUACCGGAGGAGGCACAGGCAGCGCCGGCGUGGGGACAUGCACAGCCUGCUGAGCAACACACCGGACCCCGACGACCCCAGUGAGGGGACAUUAGACACUCAGGAAGGUGGCAGUAGUAGAAGACACGGCACCUCCAUGGUGAGUUCAGCUUCUAUGGGUAUUCUGCACAGCUCUUCACUUCAUGACUAUACCCCUGUCAGUCGCUCUGAAAACCAGGAUUCUCUUCAGGCUCUGAGUUCUUUGGAUGAAGAUGACCCAAACAUCCUGCUAGCUAUUCAGUUAUCAUUACAAGAAUCUGGCUUGUCCAUAGAUGAGGAAACUAGAGACUUUCUCAAUAACGAGGCAUCUUUAGGAGCAAUAGGUACCUCUCUGCCAACAAGACUGGACUCUGCUCCCAUAAGUAUAGAUAAUCCAAGAGGAGCUUUGAGCAGCUCUGAGCUGCUGGAACUUGGUGACGGUCUGAUGAGACUAGGUGCAGGCAGCGAUCCUUUUGCAGCGGAUCGUCUUCAUUCACACCCCUGCAGCGAUACAAGAAGUGGUUUAUACUCAACAUCUAGUGACGCUGAUUCCAGCAGUCAGGAUCCCAACACCAGUGAAAAUCUACUUGGAAAUAUUAUGGCCUGGUUUCAUGACAUGAACCCACAAAGUAUUGCUCUGAUCCCCUCAACAAGUACAGAAACGGAUGAGGUUUCACAGCAGCCCAGUACUGAAGAUGGGUCAGCAGGGCAACCAAAUCUUACAGGGCUGGAGCCUCAGGAAGAGCAUGCACUAUUUGAGGAUGCACUCAAAAAUGAGGGUAGAGGAACCCAAACAGAGGAAAGCACUUCUGUAGAAAACAUUAUUCUAAGUAGAACGGUAUCACAAAGUGGUGAUAGUGACAGGGAGGUAACAAGCACCCUGGAUGCUUCAGGAGAUACUUCAAGUCAGGCUCCUCAAACGUCAAGUGAAUGGAUUGAACAUGUGCAUCUGGUAUGAGCAAAAACUAAGUCUGAAGUCAAUGAGUGGUGGUGACAGAUGGUACAGUAUGUGGAGUGAGCGUUACGGAGGCUUUGUUCCACAUAAUUACGGCUCAGUUGUAACCACUGACGCAACAGCGGAUAUUUAGGAGUUCUCUUGAAUUGUAGUUCUUUAUAAUAAUGUGAACCUUUCAAGGAAUAUCCUUUGCAUUUAUUUAGGUAGUACUUGCCUUUUUGCUCUGAAGAAAAAGGAAUAAGUAGGUUGUAUUCCACAUUCCUAAUACAAUGCAACAUCUGUUUAGCCUUAGGUUGACGAUCCUUAACUUGAAAGUACGGAUUGAAGGCUUACACUGAUUAUUUUGGUUGGUUUUCCUAAAAAAUAGUUUAUUCAAUUUUUUAGAACUCAUUCUCUCACCAAAAUAACAUUUAGUAAUUCAUUUGCAUUUUGUUUUCUGUAACUUUUCCUUACUCAUUUUUCGUUUUGUGAGCAGUGUGAACAGAGGUAUUUAAUGGUUCUCUGUAGUACUGCUCCAGGAACAAGUUUAGGGGAUAUUCUUUCCCACUAAAAUCAAAGAUUUUUUCAUGUCUAUUUACAGUCCAAAUGUGCCAAACUGUGAAUAGUUAGCUGGCAGUAGCCUAACGAAACAGUGCAGUGUUACUCUAUCAAACUAAUCCCACAAUUCAUAGCAGUGACAGAAACCACUGGGUAGCAUUGCUUCUCUAAAUUUAACUGGCAUGUGUUGCCAUGGUGACUGCAUUUAAAGAAAUGUAGCCUGUAUCUUAAGUUAAUAAAACCUAAUGCUGCUGUUAAACAGUUAUUUUAAAUAUUAAAAUACAGCGUGUUAGCAACAGCUAUGCUGUAUUUUAAGGGACACUUUAAUGGAAGUGCAAUCAUAGUUCUUUGUUUUCAUAAUUCUACAAAGCAUUCAAUGCACUAAUAGUGCAAUUACUUUUAAUGAGAACAUUUUAUAAAAAUAUAGGAAGAUGGGAUUUUCAUGUAUUAGCCAGUCCCACAGUUAAAGUUCGGAUAACACAUUCUGCUCAACAUGUUACGGUGCCUUUGCCUAACCCAACUGGAUAGUUGCCACAGUUAAACAAGUAAUUCAAACUCUGUGUCUAUUCUGGAGUAACUAUGCUAUUAAUUGCAAAGACCUCCAUAAAACCACCCAUGGCCUUGCCUUUACAGUAAAUAACUAAAUGUUCAGUCAGUGUUUUUGCAUAAACAAAACACUGCUAGGUAUUUAUUCAAUUGCACAAUAUUCAUUUGCUGUGUGAUUACUGUUUAGUGUAAAAAAAAAAAAAAAUUAAAAACAACACAAAAAACCCUUUUCUUAGUUGUUGUACUGUGGAAAAAAAAUAAACAAAAAAACUGGCUUUAGAUUUGCUUAAAAGCAUCAAUCUACAGUUAGUGAGAUACAAUGGUACAGUAUGUAAUUACAACUAGAGUAAGUUGUCUAAAUGGCUGUUUUAAUUACAUAUAAUCAAAACCUGUCAUAACAUGAGCAAAUUACAUACACUCCAUUUUAAGUUUUGCUUAACUGUUACCAGAGAUCUGUUGAUAUGGUAUAAAAGUUUAUUACUGCUGAGUAUGUAUAGGCAAGUGUCAUGAUAGCAAAGUUUAUGUAUUGGUUACUGUGAGUUCAAGU